AUGUAUAGAAGUGGAAAAUAGCCACCAAAACCAGAAUUACCUUUUUAUGCUGAUAUAACUUAUUGGAUAACCUUUAUGUUAUCAAUAUAUUUUAAAGAUGAAAAAAUUUUGCAUGGAAUUUUUUCUUGUUUACCACUUUUUAUGAUAGUGCAUUUGACUUUGAAUAGAUUAUAAAGGGGUGAAUUAGGAUCAACAGUAAUGAUGUUAUCUUUACUUGCAGAAUCAAUUGGUAUGGAUGAUAGAAAUUUGUAGCUCAUUUAUUUCAUCAAUUUGCACAUGAUGAAAGAUUCAUGAAUUU